CUUAAUCAUCGCUUUGUAUUUUCAAAUAAGAUAAGGUUAAGUUUGGAUGUUGCCGUGUAUACUGUAUAGUGUUUUGUAUCAGUAAACAGUGUUUUAUAUCAGUUAACAGUUAAUCAGUUAAUUUUCAUAAUGGUACCAUCAAACUUGACUUCAGGAGUCAAAAGUAGCUCAUCAACUCUGAAACCAAACUAUUUAUUAAAAUUUACGCUUGCUGGUCAUACCAAAGCAGUAUCAUCAGUCAAAUUCAGUCCCAAUGGAGAAUGGUUAGCGAGUUCAUCUGCGGAUAAGCUGAUUAAAAUAUGGGGUGCUUAUGAUGGAAAAUUUGAAAAAUCAAUUGCUGGACACAAAUUAGGUGUUUCAGAUGUAUCAUGGUCUAGUGAUAGCAGACUUCUGGUUUCAGCUUCUGAUGAUAAGACUCUCAAAGUUUGGGAACUUAGUUCGGGAAAAUGUUUAAAAACUCUAAAAGGACACAGUAACUAUGUAUUCUGCUGCAAUUUUAAUCCUCAAUCGAACCUCAUUGUGUCAGGAUCAUUUGAUGAAAGUGUGAGAAUAUGGGAUGUUAGAACUGGUAAAUGUUUGAAAACAUUACCAGCUCAUUCAGAUCCAGUGAGUGCUGUACAUUUUAAUAGAGAUGGUUCCCUGAUAGUGUCUAGCAGUUACGAUGGUUUAUGUCGUAUUUGGGAUACAUCAUCCGGACAAUGUUUAAAAACUCUCAUAGAUGAUGAUAAUCCUCCAGUAUCAUUUGUUAAAUUUUCACCAAAUGGAAAAUACAUUCUGGCAGCUACUUUAGACAAUACCUUAAAAUUGUGGGAUUACAGCAAAGGCAAAUGUCUAAAAACAUAUACAGGACAUAAAAAUGAAAAAUACUGUAUUUUUGCCAACUUUUCUGUAACAGGAGGAAAAUGGAUUGUAUCAGGAUCCGAAGAUAAUUUUGUAUACAUUUGGAAUCUACAGACAAAAGAAAUUGUUCAAAAAUUACAAGGCCAUACAGAUGUUGUUCUCUGUACUACUUGUCAUCCUACAGAUAAUAUCAUUGCCUCUGCUGCUUUGGAAAAUGACAAAACAAUUAAAAUAUGGAAAAGUGAUACAUAAAAUUAAGUGUUAGUGAACUAAAUUAGUUUUAAUAAUAGUUAAUUUUCUUCUGUACUUUGAUUAAAAAUUUUUAUAUAACUUCUGAAUAUUGAUACAUAAUUUCAAUAAUUUAAGAAAUAUUAGUUUUUUAUUUUUUUAAGUCAUUAUUAAUUGUAAAAAACAUAAGGUAGAAAAUGCCAAUUUUCAGUUAGAUUAUAUUCUUCAUAAGAAUAUUCACAGUAUGGAACUCUUGAAAUAUAAUUUUUUUUCUUGAAAUAAA